GGUGGUGUAUGUCUUUUUGUUAGAAACGCCUCCCGCCUCUGUUUAACUAUAGCCCCUUGUUUCUGUCCCAUACACAUCUUUAGUGUUUCAUAAUAUGUGUGUGUGUGAGAGAGAAUAAGCUCGCAUCUCUCAGGGUACGUUUCAGUGUAAAUGGAAUUGUGUUGCUUUCGUCCGGCUUUUGGCUCCAGUUCCACCACCAUGGAGUAUUGUGAGCUGGGGGGCGACCGCACGUCCCUGGUUCUCUUUGCCUUCCUCCAGAACCAGGAGUGUAAAAACAAGGAGCUCCAGAGGGAGCUGGAAACCCUGGGAGAGAAGAUGAGGAAAAAGGAUGCAAACUCGAACAGCUGCCAGUACCUCGAGGACUGCUACGCCGAAGAGGACGGGGAGCUGCAGACGGACGGACACUUCUGUUCUGAUGUCCGGGAGUUUGCCAGGGAGAGGCAGUUUGACGUCCAAGGAAUAAUGCCAAUAAAUGCACCACGAGAUGCUGAACUGAGGAACAUCGCUGCUGGUUUGAUAGAGAUUGCUGACCAGCUGGAACAGAGAGUUGUUGCUCGGGCUUCCGAGAGUUUGGUCAUGAAGUUAAGGAAGUCAUCACAGCAGUUGUGGCUGAACCACCUGUCCUCAGAGGUACGUCAGCUGAUGCAGACACGUCUGCCUGGUCUGCAGCACUUCUCCCAGGAGAGAGUCUUGCUGGCUCUCACCAUGACUCUAGUGAAGAGAGUGUGUGAGCAGGCUCCUAGUUUCCUGCAUGGCCUGUUCUGCACUGCAGUGGACUACAUCAAUUCCAGACAGCCCAAUUUCAUGUUCAAUAUGCGAUAGCCAUCUGCCUUUAUCCAUGCUGUGACCAAUGCAGAGGUCUGCAGCAACACUGCAAGCUUGCAAAUGCUCAACCAGCCAUACAGGGGACAAGUAGUUUUAUGACGAUUCUCCAUUGUCCAUCCAAGCCUGGUGACACUUGGCCAUUUCUUUGCAAAUGCUGGGGAAUUCUUUGACAAAGUCCUUCCUGCACUGCCAGCACCAUGACUGGAAGAGUCCCUAAAGAAUCAAGCUUUCAAUUAGGGUUGCUAAAAUGUUAUUAUUCAGACCCUUUCACCCAGUGUUACUAUAGACCUUUUGAUUAUUUUCAUGGAAAGCUGGAAGAUAUGGUACUCUUGAAGUACCUGAGGAAAGAACUUUAUUUUAAGAUGGAAUACAAGGGUGAGCAGAACCAUAGGCCAUGUUCAUUUAGCAAUUAGUUCAUGAGAACUGCAAAAUGUGUUCUUGGCUUGUAAAAACAAGGUAGUGAGCAAGCUCGUUUGAUAAAUCAACAAACCAAAUGCUAAUGAAAGUAUGUAGGUAGGCCCUUGUACAACCACCUCAAAUAUUCCAUUCCUAUAUACGUUAUAUCUGGUGGUAUUUAGAUAAGUUCUGAUUUAUUUUUCUAAGUCAGUAAAAGAAUUAAAUAGCUGAAAGGGCAUCCGUUAUCUGAAAAUAUGAUUCAUUAAAGUAUCUGGUGGGUGAAGAACAAUGCCGUGUGAAAAAGCUGUAAACCUGGCAUAUAUGAAGACCUGACUUAUUUUCAGUUUUACAAGACGGUUUCUGGGUUUUUCCUAUUGCAAUCCAGCCUUGUCCGGCCAAUAUCUGUAUUAAUUAGUCCAGGCUUAUGCGAUGUUUAGUUUGUAAUUGCAGAUGCUUAAUAUUAGGAAUUCAGAUGAAACAGAUUUCAUCCAGUUUCAGGAAGAACAGCAAUUUCUGUUCUAUUUUAUUUCUAGAUGUAAAAAGAUGCUGAUUGCUAGUUCAUUAUAGAUGCCAUUGUGCCGAUCAAAAGGAAUAUGGCUGCUAACGUACAAUAGAGGCCAUUAUAUCCAUAUAACCUGUUUGUUAGUUCAGUAGUGGUGAUGUCCUGGCUGAGGCUGGGUUUGUACAAUCUAACAUCCUUAAAGUUUCCUAUUAAUUCAACUGCUUUUAAGGAAUUUUUCACUUUCUUCAAACCGGAAUAUUUUUCUUCCCUCCUUGACUCUGUUUCAGCUGCCAACUUUCCACUUUUUUUUAUGAGAUAAAAAUAGAAAGUGGAGAGGUCUGAAUAUGUAUAUAUUGUAAAUUAUUUUCUGGCAUUAUUUCCUUGUUUUUAGUGCCAAUGUCUUGAGAGUUCCCUUUUGAAUGUUAAAGGUAAUAAGCAGUGUGUGCUGGCUCAAAUGUAUGUCUGUAUUGUAAAAACUUUCUCAUGAAUUUAGUUAAUUCCUGUUUCUGAGCAUGCAUUAAUAAAUUGUAGCUUUAAAGACUAUAAUGCA